AAAUCUCGCGGUUUCGGAAGGUAAGCCAUGUAUGCGCUGCUCCCGGCGGACGCGUGUUUAGAAUAAUGACGCUAUCCUGAUUUUCUUUCCACUUUUGGGUCAAUCCCAGAAUUAGAUUUAUUCGGAAUAAUAUGCAUCACGAAAAAACUUCACCACCUUUUGCUCCACCUAUUAUAACUCCUGCUCUCCUCCUCUCUGUUUCCAUCUGCACUUCUGCUCUCUCCUUGUGUUUUCUCCUCCCUCUUUGUUUUUGCUCUUUUGGUUCUGCUUUCGAGUGGCCGUGGAAGCGUCGCUGCCCCUGUUCGACAACGGUGGUGUGGAGUGGAUGGAAGGUGGCUUGUUGCCCUCCGAUCUCUAUCAGCCAUACCAGCAGCAACGGCAGCAGAUGAUGAUGGGUCUGUUUUCUUCUCCUUCACCACCGGCGACGGUUGCUCCGCCUUCCAAUUCCCCGGCCAGUUUCCCUCUUUUCAUGGAUCAAUCCUUGACUAACCUGUUGGAGAAACAGAGGAACGAGACGGAUCAGUACCUUCGCCUCCAGAGCAACCUGCUGAGAGCCGCGCUCCACCAGCAGAGGAAGCAGCACAUGGCCUCGCUUCUCCGGAGUCUCGAGUCGAAGUCUUCCAUCCUUCUGAGCCAGAAAGAAGGCGAAUUGGUGAAGGCCCGGAAGCGUAUAAUGGAGGUGGAAGCAUGCCUAAGGAGAGCGGAGGAGGAGAGGGAGACGUGGCAGAGGAUCGCCAGGGAGAACGAGGCCAUGGCCGUGUCUCUGAACCGCAUCCUGGAGCAAGUUCGCGAGCCCUGCCUCUCCUCCACCGGCGACUCCUCGCCGGAUGCUGACGCCGCCGUGUCGUGCUCCGGCCACCCAUGGGCGGUGGAGGAACCGAAGGUGGAGAACGGGAUGGGUCUGUGCAAGGUCUGCGGGUCUCGAUCUUCUCGCGUGCUGCUUCUCCCCUGCAGGCAUCUUUGCGCGUGCGAGCUCUGCGAGGCCUUCCUGAACGCCUGCCCCUCCUGUGGAUCCGUAAAGGAAGACAGCUUUGAGGUCUUCUUAGUCUAAGCGACAAAAAAAAAAAAAAAACUUGAACGCAGAGAGUUAUUGAAUAGAGAGAGACAGGCAGACGGAAUUUGCAUUAAACGAUGACAAAAUUUUGGCGACA